GAGUGGUGGUAACGGUGAGAUUUAAGACUUCUACUCGUCAAUGGGGGUUUUGACACCUCCCUAAGGGGUUGGAUUCUUCUCAUCUUUGUGUUAAUGAUGCUCUAAAAACAGGCGACGGGGGAACUGAGCAUGCCCAACCCUGCAGUCAGGAGGACGGAGAGGAGAGGCGGGCGCAGGAGAGGCACGAUCAGAGGGAUGUCAGACUGUAAAAAGCCGGCGAGGACCACAUCGCAGCCUCAUUCUGACAGGAAACAGACCGCCCCUCCCUCACCUGCCGGGGGGGAGUGGAUGUGGACCGCAGCGUCAGCGCGCUGUCUGCAGCAGACCACGCCGCAGCCACGUCUCAUCAUCCGGGGAGCUACAGGGCGCCGCAGCCGCUCGGGAUGCGCUGACUUCACGGCUGUUUCCGCAUCUUCCCAAGCUGCCGUCUGAGCAGUCUGCGCUGUCGCAAAGACAGAGCGCAACUUGAAGAAGCUGCUGCGUCACUGACGCACCGGGUCGAACCUGUAGGAUGCAGAGCGGCCGCCGGUGUCAUUGACGCGUCCGGGUCACGGCUGCAGAGCUUCACUCAAGUUUUGUUCCCGUCAGGAAAAAAGUUGGAUGCUUUCAUCUGAGGUAUGAGCGACAGGAAGCUGUUGGGCGACUUCCAUCGGCAUGCGGUCCUCCUGCUGUCAAGCACGUGUGUCUUUGCCCUGCGUACAGAUGCACUGCAGGCCAGAAAAAACACCCCCCUAAGAUAAACUGGCACCCACCACCAGCAAAAAAACGACUUUCCACCAGACAAGAAGAAAAUACCUACAUUUAUCGGUUUCUCUGUCCUCUUUGAGUUCUGAGAGGAGGUCAUGUCCCAGCCUGAAAAAGUCCUUCAUCUUUACGUGGAAGUAAGAUCUGCCCCAGAUCAGACUGGAGACUGUGAACAGGGCACAGCCCAGGGGCUUUCCACUCAGAGCAGCCCCACAAAGCUCAGCUUUCAGCUGGCAGGCCAGACCACCAUCAGCAGGACCUCAGCAGCUCAUGACCUGCUUCAGAACCGCACUUCCUCAAGAAACAGUGUUAACUUUCAACUUCCACAAACCAGCAGCUCUCCUAAAGUCACCCAGAAGUGGAGUUCACCCACAUAUGGAAAGGGUGGUGGUCGUCGCACACCACCUGAUGGGAAGCGCUCCGUGGUUACCUUCAGUUAUGUUGAGAAGUCUAAUGUGAAGACUGUGGACAGUCCACACAGCUCCGUGUGCGGAAGACGAGCCACAGAGGAAGAGUCCACCCCUUCCCAUUUUCGAAAACGCUUUAGUGAUCCGGUGGAAUUCGGAAGUCCUGGUUCGUCGUGCGGCUCCAGCCCAAAGCUGACUUUUAAGUCUCCAGAAAGUCACCAGCAGAGAUUCUCCCCCAGCUUGUGUUGGCCACAUUGUGAUGCAAUCGGCAGGGCAGCUACUCAAAGGGCUGUGGAGGAGUUUGGUUCCCCCUUACUGAGGAUCAAACUGGCCCAUGCCCUUGAGCACACCUCAUCCUCCAGGUACAACCAGCAGCCACGCUGUCAGUCCUGGUCUGGAUCUCCUGUUCAGUCUCAAAACUCCAGCCUUACCUCCAAAACCCAGAUUGAGGGUAGGAACCAGAACAUUUAUGGGUUAAAUCAGGCCCCAGCAUCAGAGCAGCUGUCGACUCCAUCCUGGGUGUCUUCUCGAUCAAGACUUUGGUCCUGUCAUGAGUCUAACAGCCCCUUCCACUGGUUGAAAGAGCGAAAAGGUAUGGCAGGAAGUCCAGAUACCAAAAGGCACAUUCAGAGAGGCCCGUCACCAGAGGGAGGAAUCCCUCAACUUGGCAAUAAUGAAGUCGAGGGCUUGAAUCAGUUAAGUGAGACCAAAUCCGCCAGUCCGGCUUACAGCUCAGAAACCACCCAGAAGUUAGCAGAAGCAGCUUUAAAAGUGUCUUCUGUUUCAACAAAAAUGAGCAACUACUCAUCGCACAAUGCUUUAGACGAGCAUAUAAGCAGCUCAAACUCUGGAGAACCUGCUCCAAAUGCACAAGAGUUUCAGCAAACUGUUAAAAUGAACAUCCCUUUAAAUGACCAUCAUGUGCCAGCAAGUGAGUUGAAAGACCCUCAGCCUCCUGAAGAAAGCCCCCACACUCAACAUGACAGGCAUCAGAAGGACAGCUGUCACACUCUCCAGCAUCAUGACCACUGUUCCCCCGCCCUGCCCUCUCAAGUCUUCCGUCCAUCUCACCCUCCCACCUACAUCAGCUCACCCAUCAGGGACCCAAGGCUUUCCCAAGCUGAAGUACGAGCACCUGACACCCCCACCCUACAUCGCUGUCGACCCCCACAAUACACCGGGCUCUCCAGGUCCUCAAGCAUGGACAGGAAAGAAGACCAAAGCACGUGUGAGAGGGAGGACUGCACAGAACUGGCUCGAAGGCUUUUCAUCAAUCAAAGUGUAGACGAAGCACCAGUCAGCUGGACGUCCCGGCAGCAGUGGAGCCAAAUAAAGAACAGCCCCGAAUCUGGAUUCCAGCUCAGUUCUGACAGAACUCUCACAGAAAAAUCCAGCAAACGGCGUCUGCCGCUCAGCCCCACAGCCCAGCAGAAACGGGCCGAGCAGAGGAGGAGGGAAAUCCUCCUUCUUGGACCUGUGGCUCUGGAAUCUGCAGAGGAGGAUGAGGGCUGCAAUGAUGACGAAAGGCAGGGCGGAGAGGUAGAGGGGAACAAAUCAGGGGCACAGGGUGACUCUGCAGGGGCAGGUGAACACCCAGGGAUGGAGCAGAACGGAUUGAUGGGAGGUUCGUCCUCACGGAGCUCUAGCGGGGUGACGGGGAGUUUAGGGGACCCAGGAUCUGUGUCCCCGGAGUCCAGUCAGUCCAGUCACCAGAGCAACGAGACCGGGGGAGCCACCUCAGGAAUACAGACGGACAGUGGAAGUGCAGCCCCCGUGCCGUCCCUGCACUGUCAGAAGAUCGCACGUGCCAAGUGGGAGUUUUUAUUUGGAACCUCUGCAGAGGAGGCUGCCGGCAAACAUUGUUUGGAAGCCUCCACAGCUCCUCCCAGUGGGACCUCCAGUGAGUCCCCUACCCCGACGCCUCCAUCCUCUUUGCCAAUGCUGCUCUCUGCCAAUCACGAGGUGCAGCAUGUGGAGGUUGAGCUGGUGACUCCGCCCCCUGCUGUCACUGGAACCUCCCCAAAGACUGGCAUCAUCCGUCGGACAGUAAAGUAUUCGGAAACCGACCUGGACGCCAUCCCACUUCGCUGCUACCGAGAGACGGACAUCGACGAGCUGCUCCAGGGGGAGCAGGACGACGCCGACUCUGCGUUCGGCAGCAACCGCAGUGUUCAAGGCACCUCCGGGGCUGGCAGCAGCCCUCUUGGGGGGCUGGCCUGUGGCAGGGAAGAUGGGCAAUCGGAAAUGAAGAGAGGAAGUGGAGGAGAGGAGGAAGAGGAGGUAGAGGAAGAAGACGAGGAGGAGGAAAUGGUGAGCUGGGCAAGUGUGAGAAUGCAAGGAGACAGCAGGAAGCAGCAGUAUGCAGCUGAGGAGGAGCCAGAGGUGUUUGGACACCUGAUGAGACCUGUGAAGACAUUCUUUGAUAACCACAACCCGGCCUUUAAGUCCCCCAUCCUGGUGUCUGGUCCCCGGUUAUCCACAGAGGAUACGUUCAGCCGUCAUUUCGAGAGCAUCAUGGAGUCCCACCGAGCCAAAGGGACGUCCUAUAACAGCCUGGACAGCGAGGAGCUCCUGACCUCCAGCGCUCAGACUGUUCUGACCAUUGACCUGCCCACACUAACGCCUGCUAUCCACGCGCCGGUGUGCCAGAGCGCCAGGCAGAUCGUCCAGCUCAGCUUCGCCCCGCUAGCGCACGACGAGAGGCCCAGCCUCUCUGAUUCUGUCUUCACUGUGACGGGAGACUCGGACGCCACCCGGGCGCCCUCCAGCGAACGGCUGAGCAGCGGCUCAGAUGACGCGGUGCCCAGAGGACAGGAGGGUUCACAACUGGGGAGCAGCUGGUAUGUCAACACCUCCUAUUCUCUACCCAGCAAAAACGAAGCUCGUCUGGCGACAGACUGUGAGUUGGAGCAGGACCCCAGCGAUCGCCUUGGUUUGAGCAGCAGUGACACGCUCACCAAUGGCAGCCAUCGAGCGGACGUGGCAGCGGCAAAGCGUCUGGCCAAACGCCUUUACAACCUGGAGGGCUUCAGAAAGGCUGAUGUGUCUCGCCACCUCAGCAAGAAUAACGAUUUCAGCCAAACAAUUGCAGAGGAGUACCUGAGCUUCUUCAACUUUGCUGGCCUCAAUCUUGACCAAGCUCUGCGGACUUUUCUCAGGCAGUUUGCCCUAAUGGGAGAGACUCAGGAGAGGGAAAGGGUUUUGUCACACUUCUCAAGGCGUUACAUGGUCUGCAACCCAGGAGUUAUGCCAUCAGAGGAUGCAGUUCAUACGCUUACUUGUGCUCUGAUGCUGCUAAACACUGAUCUGCAUGGUCAGAACGUUGGCAAAAGGAUGUCAAGCUCACAGUUCAUCGCGAACCUGGAAGGAUUGAACAACGGCCAAGACUUUCCCAAAGACCUGCUCAAAGCGCUUUACAACUCGAUUAAGAAUCAGAAGCUGCAGUGGACAUUGGAUGAAGAAGAGCUGCGGAAGUCAUUUUCAGAGCUCGGGGACAGCCUGUGUGAGGCCGACACUUCCAAAUCGAUGAAGAGGGUGAGCAGCAGUGGAAAGUCCCUGUCUGAUGGGAUGCAUUCCACUGGAACGCUGCUGUACAAAAAUGGCUUCCUGGUUCGGAAGGUCCACGCCGACUCAGACGGAAAAAGAAGACCACGUGGGAAAAGAGGCUGGAAAACUUUCUAUGCCAUCCUCAAAGGACUAAUUCUUUAUCUGCAAAAAGGGGAGUACCGGCCUGAUAAGCAGCUCUCGGAUGAGGACCUGAAGAACGCCGUGUCCAUCCAUCACUCUCUAGCAAUGAAGGCGUCUGACUACAGCAAGAGACCCAAUGUCUUCUACCUGCGGACCGCUGACUGGAGGGUGUACCUCUUCCAGGCACCGAACGCUGAGCAGAUGCAGUCCUGGAUCACACGGAUCAACACGGUGGCAGCCCUGUUUUCCGCCCCUCCCUUCCCCGCAGCCAUUGGCUCCCAGAAGAAGUUCAGCCGGCCACUCCUUCCAGGAACAAUGUCCAAACUGUCUGAGGAGGAACAGAUGAGAUCCCAUGAAGCUCGGUUCAGAGCCAUCUCUAAUGAUCUGGGAGAUCUACGCUCCUACCCUCCCGAUCGCAAGGUCAAAGGACGAGAAAUGGAGGAAUACCGCCAAAGAGACGAGUAUCUGGACUUUGAGAAAACGCGAUAUGGGACCUACAUCAUGCUGUUGCGGGCGAAGAUCAGAAGUGGUGAGGAAGACCUGGCUUUGUUUGAGUCUCUUCUGCUGGAGGACAGUAGCCUGCAGAGGGCGCACUCCAGCCCCACGCUUCAGGACAGUAGCCAGGCCAGCCAGGUCAGCCAGAUGAGCAGCUCCAGGGACGGAGCCAACAGCAGCAAAGCGAGCGGCUGCAGCAGCAGCAGCAAACAUCGACAGGAGGGCCAGAGAAACAGCUACAGACAAGCUGUCAAGAAGUGAGGCGUGGCGGGGGCGCCGGGAGCGGUGUGGCGUUGCACUGCCAGCAGCAGGCUGUCUCCCUGCAUUGGUUUUUAUUUGAGGUCCAGGAGGGUUUGGAGCUCUGAUUGAAGGGGAAACGAGUGAGUGGGUCCACACCCCACACCCUGCCCCAAUCAUGACUCCACACCCGGCAGCCCGUCUUUUCAUCUAAUCGAGGUGCUGAUCCUGUGACUGGCAGAAAGGCUGGGGAAAUGCCAGCGAGAAUGUUGAUGCAGGAGGUGGGAGGAGGAGCUGGGAGGUCAGACAUCUGCGGGGAAGACGUGUGUUGGAGGUUGCUGGAUGCAGCAGCAAACUGCACAGAGCGAAAAAGCUGGGUGCUCUUUGACAGAACAGGGCACCACACAGGGAACCACAUCCAGCAAAGCUUUCUCUUCUACCCCUCUGUUCUUUUAGGGGCACCUCUUCAGCCACGUUUUCCACCUUCUUUAUAGAUCUUUCUCUCUUCGGGACCAAGCAAAUUUACACAGAAUUGUCGUCAAACGUAAAAAUGGUUUGAUUUUUCAUUCGUACUGAUGUGCAACUCUGGAAAAGACUUACAAAACCUUUGUUUAGGACUUUGGGAGCUUCGUUUUCACCACAUCAUUGCGAUGAGUUCACAUUCCACGCAAGAUUUGGAAAUUACAGCUUUAAGCUCCAGCAUGCUCCCAUAAAAGGCAAUGUCAAGUUGUCAGCGGGGGCCGCAGUAUACAACAUGAUGGUGCAAAUCCUUCUAUCGCUGGUCACUGAUAACCAGCUGGAGGCAUCCGUGUCAUUGAAGGUUCACAGUACUCCUGAUACUGCAUCUCACAGAGACUCUUCUUUUUACUCUACUUGAAGAUGUGUUUUACAAUUUGCUUUUGCUUCUGUCCUGUGACGUGCUUCGGUUCUCUUUUUCAGGAGAAUGUCGUUUUUCUGCAGUGAUCUGCAUGCCUGCACCCGGCACUGCUUCUUUUAGGGCUUUUACUACUUCUAGGGCAGAAACUGAGGGCAUGGAAACUGCUCUCAGGGAACAAUCUCUUCAUGCCGCGGCCAUACCCAACAUGUGUAACCUCUGUCUGUAUGUAGGAUCGCUUAUUUACAAAACCCUGUUUCAACACUCACCGGGCAGACCCUGAAUGUUCUUGUUUUUCAGUAUUUUUAAAGUAUUUUGCAGUCAUUGAGUUGAUGUUAAGCCUCCCCCUCUGUGUAUUGCAAGUGUAUGAUCAAAUAUGAAGAUGUUCAAAGAAACAUGUUGCUCUUGGUAAACAUCCAGGAUACGUUGUAUAUAAUGCACUGCCUGCUUAUAUUGUAGGAUAUAUGACAGUAUAUUUGCAAUAUACUCUGCAUACUAAUGUGAAGAUGCAUUAGAAACACACAAAGAUCUUUUUGUUUUGCUCCGUUGGUCCCGAAAGCGUUACACGAUAAUCAUGUUUUAUGUUUUUUUUUCCUAAGUAGUACAUGAAUAUACUGUUGUAAUGCCUAUGUACCUAUCAAAGAUUAGUAAGGCUGUUUUUGACAGCUGUAUGCUAUGUGGUAGUGUCAAAAACUAAUGUAGUCAGCUGAAGUGGAAGUGAAAACCCAUUAGCAUGAUCUAAACUGGUUUGGGGUUAGUGAUAGAGAAGCAUAGAAAGCAGAUGAGGAAUGUGAAAAUGGAAAAAAAGUGACAGUUGAGGAGUGUGUAUGGGCUGACUGGUUUCAUUGUUGGACCAACAUUAUACUUGCCAGCCAUAUACACCUCACAGCAUCAAUGAUGCACAGCCAUUCUAUACUCAGGCUUUAAAGAAAAAAGAAAAAAAACCUUGAUUAGCUGCAGUGCCAGCGUCCAACCAGCAGGGAGAGCUGUCAACAACCACUUAGGUUCCUUUUUUCAGCCAUAAUCACACCUGCUGCACCUGCAGUGAAUAUGCACAGCAUCUCCCACUCACCUGAGGAAAAAGGGGGGCUUUUGCAGGGCUACUAGGAACAGGACUUGUUCGUAUUGAGUGUGCCAGUGUGUUUGAGCGUGCUGCAACCUGGGACUGUGCGGGAUGUGCAGAGGAGACUCCAGACUGUUUGGUUGUUUGUCGUACUUCAUGCAGCAUCGGUUCCUUUGUUUCUGCUUCAGAACACGUGUUGUUCCUAUUUGUAUAGUUUCUGCAACAAAUGGUUGAAUAUUGAUGCUUGUCUGUCAGUCCAAGUUAUGUUUCUGUGACAGUGUGAAGCCUGUAAAUGCCUGUACCUUAAGCCUCUUUUUUUAUUUCCAUCUUUCCAGUUUUACUUUAACGAUUAGCUUUUAGUUUAGUCUCAAAGGGGAGUAAAACAAAAUGUCUUUGACUCUGGAACUGUUUGUCCGACAAAAGAAUGCAGAUUUAUUUACAUUUUUUAAUUCAAAAAGUUCCUGGGUGAAUCCAAAAAGGGGAUAGAGAGUAUGAAAACUUGUAGCUCCCUCAUUUUUUAAUCCACUUUUCUUGUUUUCAGUUUGAUUUAUUUCUCUCUGACUUCCUUUUGUUUUAAAAUGUCAACUCGCUUUUUUUUUUUGCUGCUUUUUUUUCCUGUCACUUUUAUUAUUAUUGUCUGCUGCCAAACAAUCUCUGCAUCACUUUCACAACAGACAGUCACUUGGUUUAUUGCCUUCUUAUUAAUAUUUUAUUUAGCAAAGUCCAUAACACAUUAAGAACAGUCUAUUUGAAAAGAAUAGUAGUGAGCUCUGACUGCUGCAGAGAGACAUUCUUUGCACAUGAUCAACUUAAAAAAAAUCAAUAAAUUACAUUUACAGUUCAUUUAUAGUAAGAAACGUAUGCAAAUAUUUAAAGUAUUUUAUAAAGAAAUUAAUCAAAUAAUACAGAGCUAUAUCUUUUCAAUUGAAAUUUAAUUUUCUGUAUUGGUCACUCUAGUAAUUAACUUUAAGAGAACUGAGAUUGGAUCCAAAACUCAUUGCAUGAAUUUGAUUAUCUGCUCAAAAAACGUGUUAUUUUGGUCACAAAAAUGUAUUUAGAAUGCCCUUAAGUAAGACCCAAUAUUGAUAAUGUAUUUAUUUUUGAAUUGGCGUGAUUUUAAAAAACUAAAUCACUUUUUGGGCGGCAACCCAAGUUUUCACAAAUAAAAUGACUAAAUUCAAUUUUCUGAUACUGAAACCAAAGUAAAAUGAUGAAAUAAUUAAUAUGUUUCUUUGUGUCUGAUGCCAACUUUUUAAAUUUUGUAGAUUUAAAUCAAUAAAAAUGACUUCAUAAAACCAGGAGUAUGAGUUUUAGAAAAACAUAAAAAUGCUGUGGGGAGAAAAACCGAUCCAAAGAGCAAUAAAUCAAAAUAAAGACUGUGAGAAUAAUAGUUAAAUCAGACUUUCUAAGCUUCUCUCCAUGAGUUUCUCAGUUUAUGUUCCUUAAAAAGCAUAAACUUCACUGAUUAUCUUCAAAAGGUUACCUUAAUUAGGGAAGUUCUCUGCUUAAUCCAGAUUGGGUCUCGUGCUGCGUUCACAGACCGAAGAAAUUUCUUGGUUUAAGCAUCAGCGGGUGCCUGCAGCUUGCAUUGUCUCCAUCUCUCAUCAGCUUAAUUUGUGAAUGUAAAUAAAGCAUGAGAUGUUAUGGCCUGCUUACGUUUAUAUUACGAUUCGAGUACUGAGUGAAGGGUUCAUAUAGAAAAUAGGUCAACCUGUUUUCCUGUCCUGAAGCCCAUUGUCACAUUUUCUUUUUUUUCAGUCAGUGUGAACAAAGAGAAAGGCUAUAUUUAAUGCUGUUAUAUACUGUUGUGUUUUAGAGAAUCAAGCCAGCUAAAUACAAUUUUUUUACAUGUGAAGGUCUAAUGGGUCUAAGUGUUUUUUAGGCUGACGCUGGUAAGGUAAUGUUCAUUUGAUGCUAUACAUACAGUGAAUUACAUGUGUCACUGCCUUGUUCAGACUCACCAAGGAAAUGUUAAUUGUACGCUUCUCAUUUGGAGAGGCAAAAAGGAUAAAAAAUAAAGUGAUUUGAAGGUUU